CGAGGCACAUGUGACGACUGAUCUCCAAGAGCCUGCAUGUUAUUGUUUGCGAUCACGCUUUCAGGGGAAAUUGGGUCAUACGCAAAGAGAACGCAUUGAGUGACACAUUCCUUCGUUGUCUCCGGAUAUGCAUCUUUAAUGAAGAUUUGGUUCGGUCGCCAGCAGGCAGCUGAUGGAUGCUGUUUGACACCGUUGGCAUUUCGAUUAAGCGUGACCGACAAGUGAGAUGAUGUCCAGGCGAGGCAGGAACAGCCGCGCUUGGCGAUACGUUUGGGGCGGCAUACGGCGGGAUGCUGAUGCAAGAGGGCUUGUCAUGGCCUCCGAAAGUGACCGAUGGGGUUAUGAGCGCCUGGAGUACAGCGAUUCUGAUUCUGAGGUCGACUACUCUCCGGGGAUGGUCCCUCCGGUGCCCAGCGCUGUGCCCGUCACCGGAGAGUCUUACUGUGGCUGCGACUACCAGGCUGAGACCAUCCACCAUCUGCGAAGUUUUUACCAAGUCAAAGACUGCCACUGUGGCGAGGAUGACCAAGAAUUUGACUGGGUUUGGGAUGCCAGCAGCCGAUCGACGGCGACCUUAUUGAGAUGCGACAACCGCGAAGUCAACUUCCACUCCGAGUACAGCUGCGGCACGGCUGCGAUCCGCGGUUCCAAGGAGUUGGGGGAGGGCCAACACUUUUGGGAAAUCAAGAUGACAUCCCCCGUGUACGGGACAGACAUGAUGGUUGGAAUCGGUACCUCUGACGUGAACCUGGACAAAUACAGGCAUUCAUUCUGCAGCCUUUUGGGGAAAGAUGUGGACAGCUGGGGUCUGUCUUACACUGGCUUGUUGCAUCAUAAAGGAGACAAGAGGAACUUUUCCUCUCGCUUCGGCCAGGGUUCCAUCAUUGGGGUUCACCUGGACACGUGGCACGGAACGCUUACGUUCUUUAAGAAUCGUAAGUGCAUAGGAAUUGCCGCCACGGAUCUCCACAACAAAAGGUUUUACCCGAUGGCGUGCUCCACAGCCGCUAAAAGCAGCAUGAAGGUGAUCCGAUCGUGCUCGGCAUCCACCUCCCUUUUGUACCUGUGCUGCGCGCGCCUCCGCCAGCUCCUGCCGGAAUGUACGGACACCCUGGACGCGCUCCCCUUGCCGCCGGGGCUUCGCCACCUGCUCCAUAACAAACUGGGUUGGCUGCUCAAUUUCCACGGCGGCGCCACGGAAGAAACGGCGGACGUCCCAGAACGCUCCCCGCGCUCGCCCGUCCCUCCCUCGGCCGGGCCGUCGUCCUCUGAGAGCGAUUCGGAGGGUUGCACGUCCGACCCCGAGGCCUGCCAGAGGAAGAGGUGCCGCUGGACUUGACAUCCUCCGAUGAAAUGUGGCAGAUGUUCCUGUCGCGACAGGUUUCAAAGGACAAGGACUACUGUAGCGAAAAGACCUCUUACUGUUGACGUCUCUUGUCAUUCAUGGACAGGCUUUUGUAAGAUGAGGACGUACUGUAGAGCGUAACACUGAAGUCUCAAACGUGGCAGUAUUUCGCUGAAGUGGCUCUCUGACUGAGCCACGCAGCCAUGUUCUAUGUUGUUGUCUAGUUAUGCAAAUCAUGUAUAUUCUUAAAUUCAAACGCUAUCACUUCUUAAUCAAACUAAUCUAUUUUGCACUCUGCAAUUUGCUUUGACUAUUUAUUUGUGAGAUGAAGAAUAAGAGAACUACUUCU